AUGGCGAUGAUGAAGCUUGCUGUGACCAUAAAAGAGUCAUCACUGGUGAAGCCGGCGGAGGCAACUUGGACCGGCCGGAUGCCGCUGUCGGAGUUCGACAUGACCGGAACCAUAACCCACGUGGACCUCCUCUACUUCUACGACAAUAAAUCCUCCACCACCUGCUUCCCACAAAACGACGCCGCUUCGGAUCUACUGAAAGACUCCCUGAGCCGAACGUUGGUGACGUUCUACCCGCUGGCUGGCCGGCUGCACCCCAAAGGCGGCGGCAGGCUGGAGCUGAACUGCAACGGCAGUGGGGCCCAGUUCAUGGAGGCGGAAGCCGAAACGACGUCGCUGGAUGAGCUGUCGUCGUGGUUCGUUGGUGCUGACGUGUCCGGUAAUAAGCCUCGCCCCAGCGGUGCCGAAUUCAUGCCGCUGGUCCCGGCGGUGGACUACGGCAGUGUUCCGAUCGGGGAGUGGCCGCUGCUGCUGGUCCAGCUCACCAGGUUCGGGUGCGGCGGGUUCUGCCUCGGCUUCAACAUGUGUCACGCGGUGGCCGACGGCCUGGCAGCCAUGCACUUCUUCCACGAGUGGGCCCGCGUGGCCCGCGGUGAAGGGGUUGGUGGGGUGGGGCCGGUUUUUGAUCGGAGGGUUCUGAGAGGAGGGCAGCCGCCGCUUGCUAGGCAGCCUGCGUUUGAUCCUGCCCAGUUCGAUCACCCGCCGGUGCUGCUGCACGAUAACGACAAUGGAAUCGGCAAUGCAGCAACGAGAUUGAAGCUGACGAAAACCCAAGUACAUACCCUCAAGGAAAUGGCCAACAAGGACCUGAGCUCAACCCUAACCACCCGUCCUUACACCACGUACGAAACCCUAACCGCCCACAUCUGGCGCUGCGCUUGCAAAGCGAGGAAACUCGAACCCAACCAACUGACCGCGGUGGGCGUCUGCGUCGACGCGCGCAGGCGCGUGGACCCUCCUCUCCCCGACGGUUACUUCGGUGACGCCGUCAUCGACGUGAAAGCCACGGGCCUUUCCGGCGACCUCGUGGCGAGGCCGUUAGGGUACGCGGCGGGGAGGGUGAGGGAAGCGACGGAGAAGGCGGACAGCGAGUUUCUGUGGUCGGCGAUCGAGUACAUGAAGAACCAGCCUGACCUGACCAAGUUUCAGGACUUCUUCGAGGAAGGUGGUGAGGAGGAGGAGGAGGAGCCAUUUUUUGGGAUCCCGAAUCUGAACGUGACUAGCUGGCUGAGGCUGUCGAUGUUGGGUUUGGAUUUCGGGUUCGGGAAGGAGGUUCGGAUGGAUACCACGUUUGAUUUCGACGGCGACACGACUUUGUCGGGAAGUCAGGAUGGGGAUGGGUCGGUUGUGAUUUCGAUUUGCUUGAGGUCGGAUCACAUUGACGGUUUCGAGCGCUGCUUUUAUGAUGAUAUUUUCAUAUGA